UUUGAUUAACUUUGUGUAUUUCAAUGUAGGUAUGUCUUCUAGUCAAAGAGCUGAAAGUUGUCACGCUUUUUUCAAGUCCUACGUAUCAAAAAAAAAUACUUUGAUGGACUUUGUGGUUAGAUUUACCAGAGCUCUAAAACACCAAAGACAUCAGGAGCUUAUGCUUGAUCAUAAAGACAUUAAUGAGCAACCCAUUACCAAAACUAUGUGGCCUAUGGAGAAGUUCAUGGCAGAAGUGUACACGCAAACCAUAUUUUACAAAGUCCAAGAGGAGUUGUAUCAAGGCAUGGCGUAUAUGGCCACAAUUGACUAUGAAGAAGAACAUAUGAGCUGCUACAAUGUUGUGCGAGUUGAUGGAAGUCCCCACAAAGUGCAUGCUACACUACCAGAUAUAUAUGUAUUGCGCAGAUGGACAAAAGCUGCAAAGAGUUCUACUAGCAUUGGUGAUGUACGGGAUACUUUUGAUAGGGCAAUCGUUCUGAGGCAAAAUACAUUGCGCAAGUUGACCUCAAAUAUCAUUUAUGACUCGGUGAUCAAUGAAGAUACUUAUAAGUUUGCAGUAGAGUCAUUGGAGUCCCUUCAAUGUAAUUUAAAUGCAUUGACUCUCAAAGAUGGAGGACAAUCUUCUGCACCUAGUAUUGCUCUGUCACAGCCUGUCUACAAUGAGCCUAAUCAGGUUAGGGCAAAAGGAUGUGGAAAGCGGCUCAAGAGAGGCAAAGAAAAGGCGAUACGGAAAGAUAGACGUUGCAAUGGUUGCGGUUUAUAUGGGCAAAAACAUGACAUUAGGAAUUGUCCCCUACUCAAUAACAAACGGAAAACAUGUACGGUUUUUUUGUGUUUUUUUUUUAAAAAUUGACGUGGAUGUUGGUUUUACAAUUAUGUGAUGUUUUUUUUGCAGGAAUUGUUGCUAUUGAUUGCAAAAAACCAAGAGUUGUUUGGUGUCGGUGACUUACCCUCUACAAGGAUGUGUUAACUCUUGUGGCAACUAUUGUAUCCCGUUCUAUUGAUAUGAUUAGCUUCAUUGUGGGAGUGAAAGUUGGCACCGUUAUGGUAGCUGAAUGGAACACAUGAAAGAAGGCAGCUUGAUCUAGUUUAUUUUCAUAUGUUUGGUACCUUAUUUUGCUUUGAAGAAAUAACCUUGUAAUAGGAGAUAUUCCUAGUUUAUUCUCAUACUAUUUAAUUUGGUUUAUUCUCAUAUUGUUCUCUUGUUGCUUGUUUUCCACUUCUCAGUAUUAAUCAAAGUCAGUUUCUCAA